ACAGACGCUCUCCGUGAGCCGAGACCCCUUCUCGAGUGAAUACAAAACCUUACCGCGACCCACACAGACAGCUUUUCGGUCCAGUGUGCUUUAUUUAACGUUUGUUGUUUUUUGUCACUUGGUACCGGCUCCAACUAUCGAGGUUGUCGCGAACGCGUACGUUCCACCAUCAACGAAUGUAAAAUUAUGUGUGUUAUGCGUUAACUCGAGUGCUUCGGAAACCUUUCAGACCUGACUAGAAAGUUGAUUGAUUUGUCUGUGAUGGAUGAAGAUGACUGUCGCAACGGUAUUGGAACUAAAUCUCCUAUCAAACGACUCGGAUCAACGAGGAAACUUCUUCUUUUUAACAAUAUAAGACUCCAAUUGACAGAGCAGUUACGAUGCCUGGAUACACGAAUGGAAACUCAGGUGGCUAUUGUCACCGAGCUCCAGGAGUUUUUCAGGCGGAGGGCAGAGGUUGAACUCGAUUAUAGCAAAAGUCUUGACAAGUUGGCGAAAGGUCUUCAGCUACGGCAUAAGGAACACAAACAGAAAAGAGAACAGUGGUCACUCUUUUCAAGUUAUUCUUGUUGGCAACAUCUUGUUGAGCAAACAAAAACAAUCAGCAAAGAUCAUGCAGCACUGAGUGAAAUAUAUUCAGUUCAUUUGGUUUCUAAAUUGUCCCAAGUCAUAGAAGACAUACAACGGAUUUACAAGAGGUGUCGAGAAAUCGGUUGUGAUAUGCAUGAUGAAAUAUUCAGAGUGCUUCAUGAACUUCAUACAUCUCUCAAAACAUAUCAGAUGUACCAGGCCAACUGUAAACAAGCUGAGACUAAAUUACGUUUAGCUGAGGCUCAGAGAACAAAAAUCGAACAAAGUGUUCCUAAAGAAAAACUCGAUCGGUCGAAAAAAUUCCGUCUGAUUGAAAAAGACGUUCAAAAGAGAAAAAAUAAAUAUUUUGAUGCUAAAUUGAAAGCAUUAAAGGCUCGAAAUGAAUACGUUCUGUGCAUCGAAGCAUCUAACGCCACUCUGCAUAAAUAUUAUGUGGACGAUUUGUCCGAUCUUAUUGACUGCAUGGAUUUAGGUUUUCACCAUUGCAUUUCCCGGGCUCUCUUGAUGCAUGUAACAUGCGAGGAAGGUAGACAAAAGUCGAUUCAAGCCAACAUGGAUUCAUUGAAUGCUGUUAUAUCUGGUUUGGACUCGAGACUUGACAAGCAACGUUUUUUGGAAUUUAACCACACUGCUUUUAUGAUCCCAAAGAAACUGGAAUUUUUAGGCAAAAAGGAUGAGGCUGAACCUGAACUUCAAAAACUGUUAAGUGCAGAUAUGGGAAUUCGUCUUGCACAAAUGGAAUCCCGAAUUAACACCGUACGAGCACAAAGUGAUGAAGUUUGGAAGACACUGGAAACAGCGGAAGGCUCUUUAUUACAAAUGUUAACCUUGAAAGAUUACGAUUGUUCAAAUUAUUUCGGUGACGGAGCACAACCCACAUCAAAGCCUCCAGAAACAGCUUCUUUAAAAUUAAGAGCUGAUCGUCACGAGACAGAAGAAUUCUACCUCACAAAAUUGCGAGAUUUUCUUCUUGGUACUUCUCAAAUAGCAAGGCUGAACGUCAAGUAUGAAUACAUAAGAAAUACUCUGGCAGACUUGAGUUUCAGUCCUCCUGCUCCGACUGGUGCAAGUGGUGUGAAACCUCCAAGAAGGAAGUGCAUUGGCAGGCUAAAUACUACAACUCAGCCAAAGCUGUUUGGUGGUUCUCUUGAAGAGUAUAUCGAAACGACAAACCAAGAUAUACCUUUGAUCAUUAAAAGUUGCAUACGAAUUAUCAAUCUCUAUGGACUCCAUCACCAAGGGAUUUUCAGAGUUUCGGGAUCGCAAGUGGAAAUAAAUAAUUUUAGAGACUGUUUUGAAAGGGGUGAAGAUCCUUUGGCAGAUAUUACAGAUGCUUCGGAUAUGAAUUCAGUUGCUGGUGUUCUCAAACUUUAUUUGAGGGAAUUGCGAGAACCGUUAUUUCCAAUAAUUUAUUUUGAACAGUUCAUGGAACUUGCUCAAUUGGAAUCGAAGCAUGACUUUGUGAUUAAAAUGAAAGAUCUUGUGCAAAGUUUGCCACGCUCAGUGAUCAUUGUAAUGAGAUAUCUUUUUGCAUUUUUGAAUCAUCUUUCGGAAUACAGCGAUGAAAACAUGAUGGACCCGUACAAUUUAGCAAUCUGCUUUGGCCCUACACUCGUUCCUGUUCCAGAGGACAAAGAUCAAGUCCAAUAUCAAAAUCAAGUAAACGAACUUAUCAAAAAUAUCAUCCUUUUCCACGAUGAUAUUUUUUCAUCUGAUAUUGGCGGCGUCAUGUAUGAAAAGUACAUUACAAAAGAUGAGGACAACGAUGUUGGAGACUCUCCAUCUGAGCAUGUUCAUGAAGACCUAGACUCAGAAGUUUAUCCAUCAGAAGACGAAUGUGAAUGUGUUGAAGCUACUGCGCAAUAUGAUUUCACUGCAAGAAAUGACCGAGAGUUGACAUUAGCAAAAGGAGACAAUGUCAUGUUGUUUAGCCAAGUGAGUUGUGACUGGUGGCGUGGUGCUGUCAGUGGAAGAGAAGGAUUAGUCCCUGACAAGUACAUUACUAUAAAAAUAAAAGAUGAUGGGAAUGAAAAGCAAGAUAAAUGGGACAUUGACGGCGAAGUUGAAGAUAAAAAGGACAGGGCAGAAACCGGUGAGUCUGAAGCAGGUGAGUCGACGAGUGAACAACUGCAGACUGUAACUACAACUUGGCUCCCGCAGCAACAGGUAUCUGAUUUAUCUGAGCACAUUAUUACAUCUACAGUUCACCCGAGUACAAGCACAACUGUCAAAAUUGAAGCAGAGCUAAGUGAUAAAACUAGAAAAACUCAUUGGAAAAGUCAGAGCAUUGGUGAAGUUAGGGAUAACGAUUCAAUCGACGGUCGAUGCUCUUUCAAACAUAACAGAGAACUGUGGCAAAGAAGAGCAGCUUCACAAAACGCAUUGUCGACCAUGUCAACUGAACAGUUAGAGCUCAAACAUAUCCAUACCCCCGAUCUUGUAAUGGAUUUGCCAACCAAUCCAGAAGAACACCCCGCUGGGCUAGAGAGCCCGGACAUGACAACGGCCGCUGAAAGGUUUGCUAAGCAAAAUCAGUGCACUCUUAAAAAAAACACAAAGGCACCAAAGGCAGACCCUGACUCCAAUUCCCCUGUAAUGCAGAAAAAAACACAAAUUAAAAACAAACCUGAGAUAAUGAAAAAGCCCAUCUGCCUUCCACAGUCACCUAUGGUUAUAAAAAAAGAUCAAAAGCAAUGAAGAAUUUGUUUUUAGAAAUUUUCAGACCGUCGAACUUUAAAAUUCCUUAGGUGAAAUUUCUUCAUCCGAUAUUUCGUUAGAUUAGGGCUAAUUGCUUGUAAAGUUUGAUUUAACAGAAAAACUAUAAUACCAAAGUUCUCAAAAUCCUAUCUAUCAGACUAUUAUAUGUCAUAUAAUUUAUUAUUUUAUAUAUGUGUUGUGUGUUUAUAAUAUGCAUACUACACAUAAUAUCAAAAUGUGAUAGUUUAAUUACAUAUAUAUUAUAUACCUUUAUACUGUGUUUAUGUAUAUGUGUAUUAAGCCAAAUUAUACAACCGUACUUAACUAACAUUCGUUAUAGAUGGUAAAAAAAUAGACACAAUGUACUUUGGACAAUAAUAUAAAACAAGGAGUAAUUUUUAACCCAAGAUUAUGUAGGGUGUGUUUGAUUUUAUCUGAUCUUCAACGCUAAUUUUAAUUUUGAUAUUUCAUGCCUUUUCAAUUGCAAUGUCCCUCAAAGUAUUUUUUUAAAAACUAAAAUUGUCAUAAUGAUCUGACAAAAUUUAAAUAUAUUGUAUUUACACUUGAUUAAUAUCAAAAGUGAGUGUUGAUUUUUUGUGCUAAUUUCUAUAUUAAACGCUAAAUUAAUUUUGCAAACUUUUAACUCUUAAAAUUAAACUUUUUAGUAUUAGUCAUAAUGUUUAAUUAAUACUUAGUGUAUCUAGAUAACGAAAUUAGCCGCUGUAUUUUGACAUUGAAAUUACAUUCCUAAAAAAUAAAUGUUAGUUCAUGCUUAAUUGACCUGCAUGACCAUAUGAAUAUAAUAAACUAUUAAAGAUAAAUUGGUUCUAAAUGUUUAAACUACAGUAUAUUUUAUUAUGAGCUAUGUUUAAAAUAUUUUGGAGGGAUGAAAUGUUUUGAUGAUGUGAUAUCUUUUGAAAAACCUUUCGUUUUUAUUUUUUUUAAUGCUUGGUUGUAAAUGUAAGAGUUUUGUAUCGUAAUGUAAACUAUCAUUGACUGAGAAGACACCAAAAAAAAUUAAUAAAAUAAAAAUUAAAAAAAAAGGCUGAGGAAAUUGCUGGGGAGGGGUACUUGCUCAAAAUUUUAGUGCUUCACUUUUUGUGGUCAUUCCUAACUACUUUACAUCAA